AUGCAGGGAAGUAUAGCACCAGCUGUGCGGGCAAGUGGGCUGUGUUGCCAUUGCGGCAGAGGCCUUCCAUACGACACAUACUACUUCUGGUGCCUCUUCUGCGAUCUCACUGUCUGCGCUAAUUGUCCCGGCUCUCAUCCUGCUGUCCAUCAACCAUACUACAAAUAUAUGCUUAAUCGUACAACGCCCCGAGGUGCACGGCCUUCGCAGUCGCUUUGCACAAAAUGCAGACAACUGUCCCAUUGCGGUCUGUCGUGCAACGACUGUGAAUUCAAUCUUUGCGUGAACUGUAUGACUACGAGCCGUGAUACGCUGGCUAAUCAUCCUCAUGGCAAGAUGACCAUUACUAAAGCCCCAGAUGACUUUGGGCUGGGCAUGUAUGAUGUGCAGUGUGACAGCUGCCGAGCUGGUGCAACCCUUUCUCACUGUGGCCGUUGCUGCAAUGUUGAUUAUAAUGCUCAAAUCCGCUUCUGCGAAGAUUGUCAAGCACCGGGACAAAGGGAGCAUGAUCCGACACAUAGAUUUGCUUCAUUUCUCUACCGAGUCAAUACCAAUAAGGAUGCAAGAUAUAACGCUGUCAAGUGUCUAGACUGCAAAUCCAGGACAUCGACCACUAGUGUGCCAUUCAGCGGUCGUGAGCUUGCGCGUCAUCCACAUUCACGGUUCCAGCUUAUCAUGGGCGAAGCAGAAAGAGAUCGCAGGAAUUUCCACAGUCAUAGAACUUGUGCACGCAAACCAGUCCGAGACAUAGCCACAGUAUCCGCCGAAGCUCACGAUAUUGUCUGCGGCUGCUGCAAUCAGAAAUUUCCAAUGGGAUCACGUGUUUUCAUGUGUCCUACGUGCACUAUGAUCGCCUGUGAGACCUGUGCUGAUUUUGGCGGAGCUCGCUCGCACCCCCAUAUCAUGAUCCCGGUCUUUUUACAGUGGACUGUUCCUCCCGUUCUCCUGGGACAAGUCAGAGCAAAUUCGAUUGUCAAGGCUUGCGCUAAAUGCGAUAAAUCAAUUGUGCCUGAUAGUGACAGCUACAUUGAAUGUAAUUAUUGCCAAGUGUGGGAUAUAUGCCUCGACUGCACGAAAAAGACCAACAUGCCGGUUCGCCACGCAUGUCUUGAAGCUGUCGAGAUGACUCUUUUUGAUCCCAUAAAGCCAGGCCACGACAGUCUCGUUACGCAGGUCUUGGCGGCACAGAAAACGAUGACAAGUGGCGUCCCAUUGCAACUACAGCCCGUUCGUCAACAGUCGUUGUCAAUCAGACGCAAGCCCUCUUCCAAUGGAUCAUCAUCGAUCUCAUCUAUUUCACCCAUUUCGCUGCCCGUCCAGCCACAAAUAACUCAAACAGCUGGCAUGCAACGACGUCCGGUAAUAUCACAACAUGGAAGUCAACUAGCAUUUAAUCAACAGUCCGUGCAACUGCCCACUGGUCUCACAUCCGCGGGACUUCCCAUGCAACAAGGGGUUCUGCCUUCGAUCCAGCCAGUCAUUCAACCGAUAGCAAGUGCCGGAGAAAUCAAACGAAAGGCAAUACAUCCGGCAAUCAUGGAUGCUUCUAGAUCUGUCAUUGACAAAUCCAACAAUGUCUCGAAGGCGGCUUAUGGGAAGGCCUCCACCAUGGUUAACGACGUAGACAAAGAGAAAUUGAAGAAUAUGGGCAAGAGCAUGGGAAAGAAAAUGGCGAGAUAUGCAGGUGCAGUCACCGGGCAAAUUAUACGACAGGAGAUACAGAACGACACAGGAAUCAGAUUGCCUCCUCUACACCUAUCCCAAAAUCCCAAUCAACAAGCUCAAACCUUGCAUGCGCAAAUGCAGGCUCAGCAGGGAAAGCAGGAAAUCGAGAAGCUACAAGCGCAGUUACAGCUGAUGCAAAAGAUGUCACAGCUUCAAUCACAGGCAGCAUUAAUGCAGCAACAGCAGCAGCUCCAACAUCAAGCAGUAGCUAACCCAACUACUGUUACUAUGUCACCGAGUAAUCCGAGCUCAUCGACACAACUUCCGGCGACAGCUCAUCUAACUCAGUCGAUCUCGUCAAUACAGGCGUCAUCCUCUCCUAUAGCACACAAUCAAACUCCGUCAACUUUCAGUGGGAAUAGUAAUAUCCUUCAUGCUACAACGGCAGUCAGUACUUCCGGAGCACAAAACCCUAAUUCCAGCAUCAUGGCAUCUGUUCCUCCAAGCGGAGUGAGCACCCCGCAGAAUGGAUUGCCAAUCACUGGCAUAACUCAUAUCCUCUCAAAUGAGGCCGUGGUUGUUCCAAGUGUCCACAAUACAAACUCCAAUGAUAUUGCUUCUAUUCCGCCGAGUGAAUCGAAUACAGUAUUGCACAAUGGAAACCCAUAUACUAGCGAUAUUGCUCCGAAUUCCCCAAGCGAGUCAACCACUGUGCAUAGUGGCAUAAUUGCAAUUCUAAAUAAUAGCAGUAUAGCUCCUAUUCCAGUCAGUGAGACGGACAUCGCACCCAUUCCCCUAUGCGAACAAACACCACCCGUUCCCUCAAUCGAUAGCAAUGCCGACUCGCCGCAUGCUGUAACUUUUCAUUCCACUGCCCAGUCACCUGCAUCAACGCAAAUGAUGGAAGCACUUAGUCUGAAUAUCUAUUCCAGUCAUCCGGUCCAGCCACAGGAUCCACAAUCACCGGUACCACAGCAACAAACACAUAAUUCAGGUACACAGGGUUCAAUAAAUGACGCCCAUUCUCAGACCGCUGGUGCCCAUUAUGAACAUCCGUCGGUAGAAGAAGACACUCAAAGUGAGAUUUUGCAGCCCGGUUCAGCAUCGGAGAACCAGGAGGCAAGUAACCCACAUGUGCAGGGAAGCGAUAACUUGUCAAACGUCAGCCACUCAGUUCCUCAACAUAACCAUCCCCAACCUGAACAUCCACAUACUGAGCACGGAAGCUUAAACACACCUUUCAAUAAUCAACCAGACAAUCAACAACAGCAAUAUCCGCCUCAGCAAGAUUCCUUGGGUACAGACCCAAACCCGUCUAACUUGCAUGAAACAGCAUCAAGCCAAUAUAACGGCUCAAGCAGUCAACAUCUUAGUGCAGAUCAGCAGUACCAAACUACUCACUCGAAUCUGUCUAGUGCUGUUACGCCAAGUCAACACCCUUAUAGCUUGCUGUCCCAGCCCAGCACUCAACACUCGCCUAACCCACAUGGUGCUUCUACGAGUCAACAUCCCAAUACACACAGCCAGCAGAACCUGCCACAAAAUCUUCAAGCAAGUCCACCGAGCCCCCAUACGGUAAAUGAACAUCCCUCUUCAAAUAACCAGCAAUGUCAAUCGCAUAACCAAGGAGCCUUCCAACCUCAGCAUCAACCUAGUCAGUUGCCGACAGGUAAUUCAUACCCUACUGGCGGUCAAUCAAACGAAUAUCAUCAGGCGCAUACGUUCAACUCUUCGGCAACAGGGACCGGCUCUACAUAUAACCACGCUAGCCCUCAACAGUCGUCAUCUCCAUUCCAACCUCAAUCUACAAUUCCGACGACUACUGCGCCGACAAUGAAUGCUAGCUCUACACAGUCUCCACCUCUACAAAGCAAUAUGCCUCCAGGAGGGAUCGGGCAAGGAAUUCCCCAAAAUCCACCCCCAGCAUAUACCCAAGCUCAAACGCAGCAACCCAAUAUGACCAAUGAUCAGCUGAACCUUCAGAAUCAGCAAAUAAUGGCAUUACAGCAACGUAUACAAGCGAUGAAUCUGCAACAACAACAGCAGCAGGCUCAGCAGGCUCAGCAGCUGCAGCUAUUGUCAAAUCAACUUCAACAACAGCAACAAAAUCAGCAAGGAGAUGGUGCACUUCAAAUCGUGGACAGUGGGUUAUCAAUUUUAAAUAAUCUCACUCAAAUGCUCGGCAAUAACAACAAUAAUAAUUCUUUGUCUGUCGGAUUGAAUAACAACAACCUGCAGCAAUUGCAGUUGCAGGAACAACAACAGGAACUACUAUCACUCAAUUACCUGAAUGAUCUACAAUUACAAAACCAACUCGACGCCGAAGCUAUGGUAGCAAUGAACGACCAAAUGCAGACAAACAUGCAAUUAGAGAACCUGAAUGCCCAACUCGCGGCUCUUAACAAUACACAGUCAAUGGAUAACUUCAACAAUAGUGCUAUCGGUAUGGGUGAUGUUAAUGUCAACAUGGAUAUCGUGGUUGAUCAGUCGUUUGACAUACAAUCUAAUGCUGGAGUAAUUGAUGUGACGGACUCUUCAUCUUUUUUUGUGGCUGAUAGUGGCAGCUUUUAG